UUGUGAGUCCCUGCCCUCUGUGACCAUUCGUCCGCCAUGGGGAAGGAGAAGAUCCACAUCAACAUUGUGGUCAUUGGCCACGUGGACUCGGGCAAGUCCACCACCACUGGCCACCUCAUCUACAAGUGCGGCGGCAUCGACAAGCGAACCAUCGAGAAGUUCGAGAAGGAGGCAGCCGAGAUGGGCAAGGGGUCCUUCAAGUAUGCCUGGGUCCUGGACAAACUGAAGGCCGAGAGAGAGAGGGGUAUCACUAUUGACAUCGCCCUCUGGAAGUUUGAGACCAACAAGUAUUCCAUCACCAUCAUCGAUGCUCCUGGCCACAGGGAUUUCAUCAAGAACAUGAUCACAGGGACCUCACAGGCGGACUGUGCCGUGCUGAUUGUGGCUGCAGGCACGGGGGAGUUUGAGGCAGGUAUCUCCAAGAACGGGCAGACACGUGAGCACCUCCUGCUGGCCUAUACGCUGGGUGUCAAACAGCUGAUCGUGGGUGUGAACAAGAUGGACUCCACAGAGCCACCCUACAGCAACGCACGCUUUCAAGAGAUUGUGAAGGAGGUCUCGAGCUAUGCCAGGCAGGUCGGCUACAACCCCAAAGCAUUGGCCUUCGUGCCAAUCUCCGGCUGGCACGGGGACAACAUGAUUGAGGCGUCUAAAAAUAUGACCUGGUUCAAAGGCUGGGAUAUAGAACGCAAAGAGACUGGCCCUGUCACUGGAGUGACAUUGUUUGAGGCCCUGGACAGCAUCUCGCCCCCCGAACGCCCAGUAAACAAACCCCUGCGUCUACCUUUGCAGGAUGUCUACAAGAUAGGCGGUAUCGGCACUGUGCCAGUGGGCCGCGUGGAGACGGGCGUCCUGAAGCCUGGCACGGUGGUGACCUUUGCCCCCGUCAACAUAACCACGGAGGUCAAGUCUGUGGAGAUGCACCACGAGACACUGACCGCGGCGGUGCCUGGUGACAACGUGGGCUUCAACGUGAAGAAUGUUUCCAUCAAGGAAAUUCGCCGUGGCAUGGUGUGUGGGGACAGUAAGUGGGACCCCCCUCAGCAGGCCUCUUCCUUUACUGCCCAGGUGAUAGUUCUGAACCACCCAGGCCAGAUCCACGCGGGCUACGCCCCGGUCAUUGACUGCCACACGGCCCACAUUGCCUGCAAGUUCGCCGAACUGAAGGAGAAGAUAGACAGGCGCUCGGGCAAGAAGCUGGAGGACAACCCCAAGAGUGUCAAGAGUGGAGAUGCCGCCAUAGUGGAGCUGGUGCCCUCCAAGCCCAUGUGUGUGGAGGCAUUCUCGGAGUACCCGCCCCUGGGCCGUUUUGCUGUGAGAGACAUGAAGCAGACAGUGGCUGUAGGCAUCAUCAAGAAAGUGGUGAAGACGGCUGGGAGCUCGGGCAAGGUGACCAAGUCAGCCCAGAAAGCUAAAGGAAAGUGAGCUGACCUGCUUGAGAGGAUCGCCUGCUCUGACCAUGACCCCCCCCUUCCAAAUCCACAACUUCCCAAGCAGAUGUGCCACCAUACCUGUUACCUCUGAUGAAGACUGUGAAGUCGAAACGUAA